AUGUCUAAUGAAACUUCGAGCAUUGAUCUUUGCUCGUACGACGAGAAUACUAAGAAGAAGGAGAUCAAACCAUCUCCGAAAGUGUUUGGUUUCAUCGGGCUGGGGAACAUCGGUGCCGGGGUGGUGAAGAACCUUAUCAACUCCGGCCAUAAGGUUAACUUGUUCAACAGAACGCCUAAAAAGAUUAUCACUGCCAGUUCCUAG